GCGGACAGAAUCUGUGAGGUGAUCAUACUCAAGUCGAUCAGUCACCGACAGCACAUCAAGAUCCACUGAUCAACAACACCACCGACAAACAUGAGACUUCACUGCAUCUUCAUCGCCUGUCUCGCUCUCUUCGCCCUGUGCUCAAUGGCAAGCACCCAAUUCAGCCAAGGUCCUGAUAAAUGCUGCUUUUCGUUCUCCAAUGUGAGAAUCCCAGUAAAUAAGAUUGAGAGUUACCAUACAACCCAUCUUGAAUGCCACAGGAGUGGAAUCAUUUUCAUCACCAAAGCUCCAAAAGAGAUCUGUGCUGACCCGAACGAGAGAUGGGUCCAGAGACUGAAGAACCUGGUGGAUGCUCGCACCCUGAAAGAGACAACAGAGGACAACACUGGGGACAGUGCUUAAAAUGUGAACCGCUUCAUGCUUUUAAACGUCUUUACAAUAGAUACAUUUGUAAGCUUUAUUGAAAAAGAAAAAUGCUUGUUAAACGGUUUUGAACAUGUUAUAAUAUAUUCAAAGUAUAUAUUUUUACAUUUUAUCAAAAUCUGUUAAUUUUUUUAUAUAACUACUGUUUCACCAAUAAACAAUAUAAAAAACA